AUGGCCCGUGGGAACGUGGCCGAAGCCGCGAUCGCCUGGCUGCACCCCCCCGUCCGUCCCUUACUUAUAUCCUCCCAUCCACCUCCCCGUGCCGCACACGGCGCCGUACAGCGCCAGCAUUCGCUACUCUACACCCGCGCACUCGCUACUCUACACCCGCGCACUCGCCUAAGCCCGCCCACAAUGCCGCCCUCGAUACAGGGCAUCGACGUCGAAUGGCCAGAGCUCUCCCGCGCGACCGCAGCAGGCAUCGCCGUCGCCGUCGCCGGCAACGUCCUCAUCAGCCUCGCACUCAACCUCCAGAAGCUCGCCCACCGCCGCCUCGAGCGCGAGCGCGCCGCACGCGCGGGGGCGGGGGCGGAGUUCGGAGCGCACGCCGCGCGCAUUCAGGAAGAGCGGGGGGACGGCGACGGCGAGGCGUCCGAGACGGAUCUGCUCGUCCCGAUCCGCGCGGCCUCGCCGUCGCCGUCGCUCUCGAGCACCGAGUACCCUGCGCCGCGGACGUACGGCGCGAUCGUCGAGGAGGUCCCGCUCGGCCCGCGGCGGAACGCACAGAUGGUAGCGAGCGCCGCAGGUAAGAAGGGGAAGGGGCGGGCCCGGCGCGCGUUCGGCGCGGUGUUGCGGUGGGAGACGGACGCGGUGGGCGCGGGGCAGAAGGGGCGGCGCAUGAGCGCUGCGCGGGGGAGGAAGGGCGUGCGGGGGCGCGGGGAUGAGGGGAACGAGGGAAGCGAGUCUGAUUAUCUCAAGUCGAAGCUGUGGUGGGCCGGGUUCUUGCUCAUGAACGUCGGCGAGCUGGGGAACUUCAUCUCGUACGCGUUCGCGCCCGCGUCGAUCGUCGCGCCCCUAGGCACGUUUGCGCUCAUCGCGAACUGCCUCUUCGCCCCGCUGCUCCUGGGCGAGCGCUUCCGCCGCCGCGAUCUGCUGGGCAUCCUGCUCGCGAUCGUCGGCGCCGUGACCGUCGUGCUCUCGUCUAACCCGUCCGACACGCGCCUCCCGCCCGCGGCGCUCCUCGCGGCCGUCCAGCAGCGCAUCUUCGUCGCGUACUCCGUCGCGUACCUCGUCGGCGCCGUCGUCCUCGCCGGCCUGUCGGAGCGCGGCGAGUGGGUCCUCGUGGACAUCGGGCUCUGCGCGCUCUUCGGCGGGUUCACGGUGCUCGCGACGAAGGGCGUGUCGACGCUGCUUACGAUGGAGUACAUGGAUGUGUUCGCAGAGUGGAUCACGUAUCCUAUACUAGCGAUCUUGAUCGGCACCGGCAUCGGCCAGAUUAAAUACCUGAACCGCGCGCUGAUGCGCUACGACAGCAAGGUGGUGAUCCCGAUCCAGUUCGUGCUGUUCAACCUGUCGGCGAUCCUGGGCUCGGCGAUCCUCUACGGGGACUUCCGGCGUGCGAAGUUCCACCAGUUCGUGACGUUCCUGUACGGGUGCGGGGCGACGUUCGCGGGGGUGUGGAUCAUCGCGUGGGCGCCGUCUGCGCCGGGGGAGGGGGGCGAGGAGGCGGCCGGUGACGCGGGCGUGGGGCCGGAGGGGCCACGGAGGGGGGACCGGGGGGAGGCCGCGGCGGUGGCGGGCAGGGCGGGGGUGGUGCCUGUGCUUAGGCCGAGGCCGAGCUCGCUGAGCCUCGUGGGUGUUUCGCCCGCACAGCGACUGUUGCUGGUGCGGACGCCCCCGCAGUCGCCGGCGGCUUCGUGGCAGGACGUGGAGCGUGGCACGCCGGUGGGGACGCCGGACUCGGCGGGGCGGCGGCGGGCGCCGAGCGUGUUCGCGGGGGCUGGGUUGCGGACAGGCACGGGCGGCGGGGAGCGGUCGUGAGGCCCGGUGGCGGUGGACGUGGCGGUGGACGUGGUGCCAGUGUAGAGUAGCCUAGUUGGGACGCCCGGCGACGUAUGGAUCUAAGUACAGUAAGCCAGC